AUGGGCCCGGCAGCCGAGCAAGACACCCACUUCCUCGCCUCCUUCCGCUCAGACGUCCUCAGCGGGCCCAAUCAGAUCGACGCAGAGUUCAUUCAGUUAUACGAAGGAAGCGGAUACCCGUGGGAUCCGCCAGUUCACUUCUGUCUCUUACAAGACGAGUUCACAGCCCACGAUAACGAAGCCCGGAAAGAAGCAUCUCGUGCGAUAGAAGAAUUAGUCGAGCCUCACGGCCGCAAGCUCGUACGCCUGUAUUUCAGGCACAUUCACCCGGUGCUGCCCAUCCUAUCAAAGACCAGGUUUCUCAGACAGUACUCUGAGGACAAGACAAAGCUUCCUGCCUCCCUUCGCGGGGCAGUAUACGCACUAGCCUCAGUCUUUUGGAAAGCCGAGCCGAGUCUACAUGGCCCAUUCCCUUUCCAACAAUAUGAGCUAGCCGAUCUUGCCACAGACUCUCUCCAGCGAGAACUCGACUCACCAAACUUGGCCAAGCUCCAAGCAUCCCUGCUCCUCCUCCAUAUGACCCCCAAUAGAACAGACAGCAUCGCGCAUCCUAGGACCUGGACAUCAACAGCGCAGGCCGUAGCCGCUGCCCAGAUGAUUGGGCUGCACCAGGAUGCUGAGAAGUGGAAUUUGCCGACGUGGGAAAAGAGGCUGCGAAGGAAGCUUUGGUGGGCUACAUAUAAGAUUUGCGAUCCGAGGAGAGCGUUCCCGAGGACUUAA